AUGCACAUUGCCACGUGCGUGUGGCAGGAGAAGGCGGCGGCCAUGGGCGCGGCGGCCGGGGGCAGGGCCGGGGAGUGCAGGGUGUCGCUCGUCGCGCUGCUGCUGGCGGCGGGGCGCGCGCUCAACUGCGUGGUGAGCUUCGUGGUGUUCUCCUUCCUCGACGUGCUGGACAUGGUGCUCUGCCUCGUGUACAAGGUGGUGGACUACGCCGUGGAGGCCGAGUGGAAGCCCUGCUACUGCUCGGCCGCGGCGCGCGAGGACGGCGGAGGCGGCGGCGUAGCAACGGGCGCGAAGGGGGCGCUGUCGUUCGUGGCCCCGCGGGCGGCGGCUGGGACGGCGGGGCCGAAGGUGGUGCGGCUGUCGUCGUCGUCGGCCAACAAGAUGCAGCUGGAGGACGUGUCGGACACGCUCUACGUGCGCGCGUCUCUCCUCUCGGACGCCACGCGGAAGCCGGGCCCCAUCGCGCCGGCGCUGACCGUGAGCCCGGCCAUCGCGGAGCUCAUCCGCGGCAAGAUCGACCGGGCGCCGCGCCCGCCGCGGCAGGCGCCCUGCUGGUCCGACUGCGACUGCAAGAUGUGCCACUCGUGGAGCACCGGCUCGCGCGCCUCCCACCUCUACGUGCACGUGCAGGCCCCGCCGCCUCCGGGGGCCGGGGCCGGCGAGCAGGAGGCGGUCAUCUUCAUCCACGGCUUCAUCUCCUCCUCGGUGUUCUGGACGGAGACGGUGUUCCCGGCGUUCAGCCCGGCGGCGCGCGGGCGGUACCGGAUGUUCGCCGUGGACCUGCUGGGGUUCGGGCGGAGCCCCAAGCCGGCGGACUCGCUGUACACGCUGCGGGAGCACCUGGAGAUGAUCGAGCGCUCCGUGCUCCAGCGCUACCGCCUCAAGACCUUCCACGUCGUGGCGCACUCCCUCGGCUCCGUCCUCGCCCUCGCGCUCGCCGUCAAGUACCCCGGCGCCGUCAAGUCCCUCACGCUCCUCGCCCCGCCGUAUUUCCCGGUGCCGGCGGAGGAGGCGGGGGCGGCGACGCAGUACGUGAUGCGGCGGGUGGCGCCGCGGCGGGUGUGGCCGCCGAUCGCGUUCGGGGCGUCGAUGGCGUGCUGGUACGAGCACGUGAGCCGGACCAUCUGCCUCACCAUCUGCAGGCACCACCGGGUCUGGAACAGGCUCUUCAGGAUCCUCACCAGAAACAGGAUGCGGACGUUCCUGAUCGAGGCGUUCAUGUGCCACACCCACAACGCGGCGUGGCACACCCUGCACAACAUCAUGUGCCUCAGCGCCAGCAAGAUGGGCGCCUACCUGGACGUGGUCGCCGGCCAGCUCAGCUGCAAGGUGGCGCUCUUCCACGGCCGCGACGACGAGCUGCUCCCCGUGGAGUGCACCCUCGCCGUCGGCGCCAGGGUGCCCCGCGCCCGCGUCACCGUCUACGACAACAAGGACCACAUCACCAUCGUCGUCGGCCAGGAGAAGCUCUUCGCCGCCGAGCUCGAGGCCAUCUGGCGGAGCGCCGCCCAGGACUAG